ACCUUGUAAAGACAGCCAACGAUGCAUGCAUCUAUAAUCUGCUCAGUAGUCUUGUCAGCGGCUACCUUUGUCUCAUCUCGGUCAAGCGCUUCUUAUCUGACUCAGUCUUUGUUGAGUUCGUCGUACGGAAGACAAAGCAGCAGCUCCGUUCCUUCGCAGUGUACCUCGAUCUGCGAUCCUGUCAACGAUAAAGAGAAUGAUAUGAGCUUUCAUCCCGGACCUCGACCUUGCUGAUGUGCUAACUCUCGCCCAGGGAUGUCCUAUGUCCGUAUGCUGCACUCAGUCCUUUGAAACAAGCUACUACAACUGCCUCUUGUGCGUCGGCAUUGCAUUGAAUGCUACAGAUUAUAUACAGGCACAAGCCGAUUUGAACGGACUCUACGUCUCUUGCUCCGAUUACGGUUAUUCACUGCAAGAG